UUUGUAUUUAACACUAGUGACUAGUUUAUAAAAAUUAUAAAGUUGUUUUGGUUCUACAGUGUAGAUCUGCUCGAAGUACAAGAUAAGGCAUAUGAAUUAGUUUUGCUUUUUAGUUUUGCUAGCACCUUAAGCGGUUACCCGUGUGAAAAUAGAAUAGGUGGUGUGGGUGAAUCGUGAGCACAAGGAAACGACAUAGAGUUUUACUUUAUAGCUUGUAUCACGGACACGAUCGCUUCAAAAUGCUCGGAGCUUUCAAAUUUUCGGUAUUCCAGCAAGUCUUAAAACGGAUUCCAUCUACAGUUCGCACUACUGCCCCUUCUGUGAAUCUCUCGGGGACAUCACAUCGCGUAUACGCAGCCAGAAGUAGAGGGGCUAGACAACUGUUCUUCAGCCAUAAGAAGCCGCUUCGUUUUCCUGCACUGGCGAGGCAUGGAGUUCUUCUGGCAGGCGUCGCGGAAGCCAUUUAUCUGUCGCAAAAUACGCCCGUUAUUACGCAGCAGCAGCAUGAUGAACUACGCGAAGAAAUGAUUCUCGAUAUCAAACGCAGUGUUUUGAAAAUCCGCGAAGGAUUGUACAGAGAAGCGGAAGAUUUGCUGCACAUCGCCAUGGGUUUUGCGAAGCAGAUUCAGGAUUACAAAGCUGAAUCAUACAUUCUCGACAUGCUGGCUAACAUUUAUUUCGAGGAAAAGAAAUACCGGAAAGCCGAAGAGACUUUUAAGGAAGUGUUACGGAGGGAAUUAUCAACGGGCCGCUCCGAAGAUAAUGAAGCUGUUAUUGAAAUAUCGGCAAAACUGGCCAAGAUUUAUGCGGAGCAAGGGCAUAUAGACAAAGCAAAACUCGGUUUCGAUUUUUGUUUGGAGCAUUUAGAGAAGAAACUGGAAAACGUGCCAGAAGAUCAGAAAGAAGCAAUUGCUGAUCUCCUGCUUAAGGUGGUUCAUUGGGGGAGUGAAUUUUUCUUGAGACUGGAAGAUAAAGCCGAAAAUUCCGUGACCCAUGCUACCAGUCUGAUCGAAAAAGGUCUCGACAAGGCUAAACAGUUGGAACAGACCGGGUCGGAAGCUUACCAGUUACUGGCCAACAAUCUUUCCACAUUGUACGCUUGGCAGCAUCGCGUCGAAGAGGCCAUUUCCGUGAUGAAGGAAACUAUAAAUUUGGCGGUAGCAUCGGAACACUGGAGUUUGGCAUCAUUUUACCUUAACUUGGCUCAUAUUUAUGCCGAAAACAAUGAUCUUGCUAAUGCCGAAGCCAUGGCAAAGAAGGCACUGGAAACGGGAAAGAAAAAUAACGAUGCCGCUGUCGAAGAGGAAGUCAAGAAGUUAGUUGCGGACCUGGAACUUCGCUUCCCGGGACAAAACAUAAAAUUAUGACAUGAAUUAUUAUGAUUUUGAUUCCCGAUUAUGACAUGGACUUUAUAAUUUAUUCCCCUGGCUUUGUUUUAUGACUAAUGAUUUGACUGCUGUUGCGUGAUGGAGUCAAACUUUAUAAUUUUGUUAUCUGCUGUACAUGGCUGUGAUAAUUGUAAGUCUGUUUGAAUUAGUUAAUAAUGUAAUAUAGUGCCAAGUACUAGUAUCGUUAUUGCCAUAAUU